AUGCCCCUUGCAGCAUACAUUGUUGAUACCCUGGAGGCAUGUAUGCUUGCAUAUGUGCAUGGAAAGACCUCCCCAUUCAUGAUGGUGUCAUAUCUGGAGUUUGGCAACAACUUUCAUCAUCCUGAAUGCACACACUCUAUCACUCUCAACCAGCUUGCCAACAUACAAGUUGAUCCAAAUGACCUUGAAGGUUAUUUUGAUGCAUGCACUGCAUACUAUCUAAAUGGUGUCGAUAAGCCCUUCUGGCAAGAUUGGUCAUCUGCCUGUCCCUCAGUCUUUCUGAUUCCAGAGGCCCUGCAUCACUGGCACAAGGAAUUAUUUGACCAUGACUGCCAAUGGUGUAUUGUGGCUGUUGGAGUGCAGGAACUCGAUUUUCAGUUCUCAAUUCUGCAGUCAAUCACAGGCUAUCAUCACUACUCUGGCAGAAUAUCACAACUCAAGCAAGUCAUGGGCAGAGUCCACCACAAUAUACAACAUUACAUUGUUGGUCUUACUGUUGGUGCAGCCCCUUCAUCAAUCAACAAAUCCCUCUUGACCUUUCAUACAAAUAAGGAUGCUAUCAUGACAUUGGGCACACAGAUGGGUAUGAAAAAGCCAAUUGACAAUUGGUUUUUUAUACCUAAGUUGGAGCUGAUGCAGAGCAUUACUGCCAGCACAUGUAAGGUUUGGGCCCUCAUCCAGAGGUCUGCAAAUGCCACUGAACACACACAUGUGUCCAAAAUCAAGGACCCUGCACGACGAACUAAUAACAAUGAUUAUGACCCUCAGAUUUGCCAUCAUUUGGAUCAGCAAAAGAAGCUGCAGCAGUUUGCAAUUGCUAUGACUUUGAAGAGACAAGGGAGAUGA